AUGGAUGAGCAGCAGCAGCAGCAGCAGCAGGCACCAUGCGUGCCUCCAGGGUUCAGGUUCCACCCGACGGAGGAGGAGCUGGUGGGGUACUACCUCGCCAGGAAGGUGGCCUCCCAGAAGAUCGACCUCCACAUCAUCCGAGAUGUCGAUCUCUACAGGAUCGAGCCAUGGGAUCUCCAGGGUAUGUUUGUUCGAUCUUGUUCAUGCAUGGUCUCCAGUCCAGCAAUGGAUGAUAUAAUGACACCUAUCGUUGAUCGAUGCAUGGUGUGCGUGCGUGCAGAGAGGUGCGGCUACUAUGGCGGCAGCGGCGGCGGCCAGGAUCAGGAGGAGCCGACGGAGUACUACUUCUUCAGCUACAAGGACCGCAAGUACCCGAGCGGCACGCGCACCAACCGCGCCACCGCCGCCGGGUUCUGGAAGGCCACCGGCAGGGACAAGCCGGUGCUCUCCUCCACCACCACCUCCCGGUCCUCCGCCGGAUCCAUCAGCGUCGUCAUCGGCAUGCGGAAGACGCUCGUCUUCUACCGCGGCCGCGCGCCCAACGGCCGGAAAACCGACUGGAUCAUCCACGAGUACAGGCUGCAGAGCAACGAGCACGCCCCCACGCAGGAGGAAGGAUGGGUCGUCUGCCGCGCCUUCCAGAAGCCCAUGCCCAACCAGCAGCACAUCAGGCACGCCGCCUGCUACUACCCGCCGCCGCCGGGCAGCUACGCCAGUACCAUGCCCGACACCUACUACUACGACGGCCCUGCCCCUGCAGCGCGGCUACUGAUGAGCGGCGGCGCUCCUGCACCUCCGGCAGCACAUGACCACGGCGGCUUGGUGGCUGAGUCCAAGCUGCAGGUGCAGCUCCUCGCCGACAUGCCACCGCUCCAGAGCCCCUCCGUCGACGGCGUCGUGCAGCAUCAUAGUUAUAACGAUCAGGUUGCCGCUGCCGCCGUCGCUGCAGAGUCGACGGUGGAUUGGAACCUGCUGAGCAGCCUGCUGCCGCCCGCGCAGCUGAAUUUCCAUCACACACCGCCGGCGGCAUCUCCUUCUUCUUGCUCCAAGAACAACAAUGAUGCAUGA